CACACACAUACACGCACACACAUACACGCACACACAUACACGCACACACAUACACGCACGCACACACACCAGCCCUGAAGACCAGCAACAUACGAUGGCCCAUAACGGAUCAUCUGCUCGAAAGUGUUUGGGAGCAGAUUGUGAGAAUGAUGCUGGCAACCUGCAAUGCCCAACAUGCCUGAAGACGGGCGUCCAGGACAGCUACUUCUGCUCCCAAGAUUGCUUCAAGAGAAACUGGGGCCAACACAAGGUCCUCCACAAGACUGUUCAAGGCACCCGACAAUACAACCCAUUCCCAACGUUUUCUUUUACCGGUUCAGUGCGACCCGUGUAUCCGCUCUCGCCCAUGCGCACUCUUCCCAAGUCCAUCAAGCGCCCCGACUGGGCCGAGACGGGCGUACCAGCGCGUGAAAUGCGUCUCAACAGGUCCAAGAUUGACAUCUUGGAUGCCGAGGCACAGCAGGCGAUGCGCAAGGUCUGUCGACUCGCCAGGGAGGUUCUAGAUAUUACCGCUGCAGAACUCAAGCCGGGCAUUACCACAGACUACCUUGACGAGGUUUGUCACAGGGCUUGCAUAGAACGAGACGCAUACCCGUCCCCCUUGAACUAUAACCGCUUCCCUAAAUCACUGUGUACUUCGCCGAAUGAAAUUAUCUGCCAUGGGAUCCCUGAUCAGCGGAUCCUUCUCGACGGCGACAUCCUCAACCUCGAUAUCUCCCUGUACCAUGGUGGUUACCACGCCGAUCUGAACGAGACCUAUUACAUUGGCGACCGUGCUAAGGCUAACCCAGAUGUAGUUCGGUUGGUUGAGACGACGCGAGAAUGCUUGAAUAAGGCUAUCGAGAUUGUCAAGCCUGGAACCCUGAUACGGGAGUUUGGUAAGGUUAUUGAAAAGCACGCCCGGUCUAGAAACUGCGGUGUCGUCGCUACGUGGGGCGGCCAUGGUAUUAACUCCGAAUUCCAUCCCCCGCCAUGGAUACCUCACUAUGCCAAGAAUAAGGCCGUUGGUGUGUGCAAACCCGGCAUGACUUUUACCAUCGAGCCUAUUCUAGCGCUGGGGAAACCUCGUGAGGUUUAUUGGCCGGACGAAUGGACGAACGCGACCGUCGACGGGAAGUGGACUGCGCAGUUCGAACACACCUUGCUGGUCACAGAGACUGGCGUCGAGGUCCUGACCGCUGGCAACGCGGACUCGCCAGGAGGACCCGUGCCAAUGCCCGUAGCUACGGAGGGGGCGGCAGAAGCCAACGGGGCAACGAGUAUGUAGAACGCCGGGUCUACACAUUUUGGCCUCUCUCCGCAGUUUACAAAGUGUUGAUGUGGGGGGGUGGGUUAGGCAUGGAGAUGGGCUGCUCUUGAGGGCUUCAAACACAUGGGCAGACGUCGGCCUUGUCGGACGACGGACGUGACCGUACCUCUUCCUUAAGGAUUGCCUCAGUCGUGGAUUCGUCGCCGCCUACUUGAGGACGGCACAGAGUCCCUUGGUCUACAAGCUGCACGACAUGUUGUGGAGGGCUCUGGGAGACGAGUUAUCGCUCCGGAGAACGAGUGACGCGCCAUCCGGCUUGUCUGGUGGGCGGACCUACCUCAUUCUUGCGCAGUGGGAUACAAUUGUGGUCACAGACGAGUUCAUACAGGACUAUGAAAGGUUACUUAGUGAAGAAGACGUUGAUUUGCAUAUCCUGAAAGGGGUCCAUGAGAUCGGGAGUCUGAAUAGCGAGGAGAUGGCGUCACUGUCGAUGAGAUCUUGGAACUCGAAAAGAUAGGCCAGUCAGGACUGUUUGGAGUAUUUUCUAGGCUGUAAUUACCUCAUCAAUUAGGGCGGGCCAUCCGCAUGCAUUUGUUUUCCGCAUUUCGAUAAUGAUACAUGUAAGGCAUGGUCCGUGAGGCUGUAGACGACACUGGGAACUGACAAGCUCACAACAGCCGGCCAGAUUCGGUCAUGUGUGCACCAAGACGAG